AUGAGUGCCGCUAUAACAGCUUCCAAACAUGCCUCCAUGCCAGUUACCGAACCUACAAGCUUGAGCAAUCCUCAACGAUUCUCGGAUAUCAGCUCGAAACUGGUUGAACGAUUCAAUGCUAGGCCCAGCAGUGAGAUAUUGGCUGCUCAUUACAAGUCUCCUGAAGCUGAAGCAAUCGACAAAUGGUUCGAAGACCUAUCCAAGUACGAAACAACACUCGAUCAAAUGGCAAAAGCAAAACUGGACGAGAACUUUAGGGAAGAGUUAAAAGCCAUUGAACAAUGGUUUACCGUACUCUCUGAUCCAGAACGCACAACCGCUCUAUAUACGCUACUACUACACACAAAUCCCGUCCAAAUCAGAUUCUUUUUGAACGUGUUGACUCAGAUGAAUGAAAACUCGCAGAUUCCUGGUGGUGCUGCUGGAGCUGCUGCUGCGGCGGCUGCUGCAGGUGGUGCUUCGACACCUGUACCUGGUGGUGGUACUACUAGUAGUAGUAAUAAAGGAGCUGCGCCAUCCCCUGCUGCAUCACCACGACCAAAUCCGAUCGGAUCGCCGAUACAACGAGGUGCUGAUGAACAUGAUACUGCAGGAGCAGGUGCAGCAUCAAGGUCUCGUCGUCCACUAUACGAUCGACAUUCUGCACCACAGGAUGGUAGUCUAGGUGUAGGUUUACUUGCAUUCUCGGCAUCAAUGGCAUCUGCUUCGUCUCGUCUUCCUCACGAUGGUAGUACCACAGCAACAGGAUUGGAUGAUGGAUUUGGUGAAUAUGAUAAUCGACGUCUGUCAGCACAAAGUAUCUCAUCAACUUCCUCGUCAAGAGCAGUAUCACCAUCCAUGCGUCCCAAAACACCCGAAAACGGAAUGAUGGAUUGGAAUAAUACUAGUGAUCGAACACCAAAAGAACGAACAACGAGCUUGAAACGAAUGGGAUUGGGUAUUGAUCCUGUUGGUCUUGGAUUGGCUAUGGCUAGCAUGAGUGUGACGCCACCCGCACCAUUGACUACACCGCCAUCGUCUAUAAAGGGCAGUGGUACCAGUAACGGAUAUCGAUUAGCUGAUAUGCCAUUAAUAGCUCCACGAGGAAGUAGUCUCGUUAGUGAUGAAGCUGGAGUGGUUGCUGCUGAAGUCGCUAAUAUGGCACUUGCACCUCCAUCUGUCGUAAGUAGUAGUAAAACACCAACUCCAGCUGCUACAGGUUUUGCAACACCACGCCCAACACCAGGAGCAUCUCGUCCGAUAACACCAAUCGGUAUACGAUCACCUGCAUCAACAGCCAAUCUCGUAUAUACCCCAAACAGCAGCACAUCCACAUCCGCUCGCUCUACCACCAACACAACAACAAACAUGUCCCCACCACACGACCCAUCCAUGCCAAACCUCCCCAGUAUGAACAUAUCCCCACCACACCCACUCACAUAUAUCCCACCGCCACAUCAUCAACAUCCACACCACCAUCACCUCGUAUCGCAAUCAUCGCACUCGUCUCUACAUUCACAAUCUGAUAUUCUACAACGAGGUCCACAAAUGCAUCCUGGACAAGGGUGGGGACACAUAGAUAUGGCCAAGACACGACCUGGACAGCAACUGUAUGCCACGUCGGAUUACUCUGAUGGUGCUGAAGAUGGAAUGUUUGAUGGUGGGAACAGUGAGUUUUAUAAUGAUGGUGGGGCUGGCGGUAUGGGUGGUGGUGGUAUGAAGGGACGGGCACGUAAUGGGUCGGUUGGGUCUGCUGGACAUAAGGAGAAGGGCAAGAUACCUGAGAGUAUGGACUUGGAGGCUUUGAAUGAUGUACCAUCAUGGCUACGAUCUCUCCGCCUUCACAAAUACACUCCCAUAUUCGAAGGUAUGACUCUCAAGGAACUCGUCCAACUCUCGGAUGAAGACUUGUCUACCAAAGGUGUCUCCGCGCUAGGAGCAAGACGCAAACUGACAAAAGUCUUUGAAAUGGUCAAAGCCCAAUUAGAUGCCAAAGGAAUAUCAACUUAA